AUGCCGACGAAAUUCGUUUGCCUCUCGUUUCUUUUGAGCGUCUUUACCGUUUCAUUUGUCGACUCGACAGGAUUGGGAUGGAUCAAGAAUCGUUUACCGUUGUUCAAGCACAAUUGGGGAAAGUUGAGCGAGGAUCAGAUCAACAAAUUCAAACAGUCUUUUGGCAAAAAAACUAAUGUCGAUCGCUUCUUGUUGGCGUUGGAUCGAAUGAACGAUGAAAUGAAUGGAAAAGUGCAAAGCGAUGCUGAAAGGGCUUAUUUUGCAGAAAAGAGCAAGCACCUCAAGAAACACGUUCGCUCUUCAAAUCAACAAAAAAGCAUCGAUCAGAUCAAUUCGGUGGCUGGUGUGGCUGGCUCGUUGUAUGGCGGUGAUAUGAAGCUUUCCGACGCGCAAGUUGAUGUGCUGCUUGGUAAAUUCGUCGACGAGGCUGAUCCAAAAGUUGAGGCGAGAAAGAAAAGACAGGCUUACUACACGGGCGCCUAUCCAGUUGACCUUUGGGGCACAACAUUCUAUUAUUACUUCGAUGCACAGCUUCCCGACUCACAAAAAGCGGCCGCGAAACUCGGGAUCGAUUUCUGGAGAAACGUGACUUGUAUCAAUUUUGUGGAAAAUGCGACAGCUCCAAAUCGAGUCCGCAUCUUUAAAGGCAUUGGCUGCAAUUCAAAUGUUGGAAUGAUUGGUGGCGAGCAGUCUUUGUCGCUAGAUGACGGCUGUGAUGACUUUGGUGUCGCGGUGCACGAGUUGGGCCACGCACUCGGCUUCAAUCACGAACAAGUCCGAUACGACAGAAACGCGUCCGUCAGUGUGAACAUGGCCAACGUAAAAACCGGUCAACAGUUCAAUUAUAAAGAGGAAACCGUGGACACCAACUACAACUACGGAAUGCCAUACGACUUUGGAAGUAUCAUGCAAUACGGUGAAACGGCUUUUUCUGUGGACGAAACGAAUAAAACAAUCAAAACGAUGAUCGCCAAUGUUGUGCAAUAUCAAGAUAUCAUGGGCUCCGGUCAACCGGCUUUCUACGAUGUUUCGAUGAUGAACGAGCACUAUCAGUGCAAACAGUUUUGUCCAACCGGCGCCACAUGUUUGAAUGGCGGUUUCCGAGAUUCGAAAAACUGCAACACUUGCAUUUGCCCGAGUGGAUGGAGUGGAGCCACUUGUUCGGAUAGGCCAGCUGGUUGUGGAGCUGAACUCACAGCCACGACGACUCUCCAAACGCAAACGCAAACUGUCGGCAUCUGGGAUGGGAUUUUGCUUCCUCUCUUCACCAGCUGCAAUUUCUUGAUCAAGGCUCCAGCCGGCAACAAAGUCGAAUUGGUCAUCAAGGCACUCACCAGCCCACAGUGCAAUGCUGGUUGUACGUUCAAGAGCAUGGAAGUGAAAGCGAUCAGCGAUCAUCGCUACACUGGGAUUCGCUAUUGUUGUCUCGAUGAUGUGAACACGACUGUUGUUUCUGAAGGUCACAUCAUGCCAGUGAUCCUCAACAAUCGAUUCAGUCAAAGCAACUAUACGUUCACCUACAGAUAUGUCCCAGCAUCAACCCCAUCCACCGUAAAGAUGAGUCAAUUUCCUUAUACAAGUGCAACGUAUGACUCGCCAACGAAUUCAGCUACUGUUAAACCAACAUCUCCUACACGGCAACCAUGUGUUGACAGUUCUGGCUGUCCGCAAUGGAUUAGAGAUAUGAAUUUCUGUGAUAACUCGAGUAUUUCGGCUGGAGUAAAGCAAUUGAAUUGUCCGAUUGCUUGCAAGAUGUGCUUCAAUCAACCGAACACUGCGAUUUGGCCAACAACGACAAGCAAAGUGACUGCUGCGACAACGACAACAACGAAAGUGACUACAACAACGACAAAGGCAACAACGACAAAAGCAACAACGACAACGAAGAUCACAACACAAGCGGCUACUGCUUGUCAAAAAUGUAACUACAAUGUGAGUGACUACAACGAGUACUAUUUCCCCGUGUUGGGAACACCAGCUUUCAACUAUAGAAUUGACUCAACCAAUAACAACUGUUUGGUCGCUGAUUGGUUUUGUAAAGUUGAUGCUCCAUAUACGCAUGCCGGUUUCACGUUGUGGACUGGGCCAGGUUACGGCGAUCAACUUUACAGCUACAUUUACCUAAAUGUAAACCCGUCUGGCUUCAACGACACCACUUCCCAUAGCACCUACCGACCAUUUGUUUGCAACAGUGCUGGUCAAUGGAGUUUCGAUGGAGUGACGGAUUUUGUUUUGGAUUGCUUUGCCUACGAAGGGAAUUCA